UGAAAAACUAACCUCAAACUUAAAUUUCAGUGAUGUGAUUCAAACACCGAUUAUCCAGCACAUGUUUGUCUCAUUUUUCUUGUAUUUUUGCUGUUUGGAAUUAAAUUUUCUUAAUCCUCUAAAAGUUUACGAAAAUGGGUAAAAAGGACAAGAAAAAAGGAAAAGGAGCAGAAAAAACGGCAGCAAAAACUGAAAAAAAGUUGAGCCAGAAAAUGAAGAAAGAGUUGGCUCUAAUUGGAGAGGAUGAUAUAGAAAAAAUAGUUGCAGAAAUUGAGGCAGAGGAAAGAAGAAGGCUAGCUGUUACAGAAAAAGUUGUCUUGCCACCUAAAAAUCGAGUCAACUUCUCCCUCACACCACAUCCUGAAAAAGAUGAACUUAUCAUGUUUGGUGGAGAAUUUUACAAUGGACAAAAAACGAUUGUUUACAAUGACCUGUACUUCUACCACAUAAGCCGCAACGAGUGGACCCAGGUGAAAGCACCGAAAGGGCCGCCACCUAGGUGCUCCCAUCAGGCGGUGACCGUCUCCACCGAGAAAGGCCAGCUGUGGAUGUUUGGCGGCGAAUUCAUCAGUCCCUCACAGACCCAGUUCUACCAUUAUCGAGAUCUGUGGGUCUACCAUUUCGCACAGAAGCAUUGGGAGAAAAUCAAUGCCGAGGGAGGUCCUUCAUCUCGCAGUGGGCAUCGAAUGGUCUGUGCCAAGAAACAGUUGAUUGUUUUUGGAGGCUUCCAUGAAAGUAAUAACGAAUUCAAGUAUUUCAACGAUCUCUAUGCAUUCAGUCUUGAGGAAAGAACUUGGAAAAAGUUAGUCCCAGCUGGCACACCUCCAUCACCAAGGUCUGGUUUCCAGAUGUUCGCUCUCAAUGAUGGAAAGAUCUUAGUUUACGGAGGCUACAGCAAAGUAAAGGUGAAGAAGGAUGUUGACAAAGGAGUAGUACACACUGACAUGUUUCUUCUUUCUCCUGACAAGGGUGACACUACUGGGCUGAAAUGGAAGUGGACAUCAGUGAAAGCGGGCGGCGCGAAACCAAGCCCCAGGUCUGGGUUAUCAGCUGCCAUCGCUCCCCCCAAUCGCAUUUUCGCCUUUGGUGGAGUCAUGGACCAAGAAGACGAAGAAGAAGAUCUUGUCAGCGAGUUUUUCAACGAUCUCCUACUUCUAGAGGUUGAUCGCACAGCUUGGAGAAAUGUGUCUCUGAGCGGUAAAAAGCAAGAUAAGAAAAAGAAGAGGAAGGAGAAAGAUGCUAAUGAUGGUGAUGAGGAAGAACUCAUGGAAGAGGAUGCUGAUGUAACACCUGAAGAAGAAGUGAAAACGCCAGUAGUAGUGGCCGAUGACGGCAUAUUCACAGUGACCGUAGGCCCGACGUCUGCAACGGCCGAUUCACAGACAGACAAAGAGUGUUCGACAUCGGCUGCAGGGCGUCCCUCUUACUUUGUGCCUUCCCCCAGAAUAAACUGCGGCAUGGCUGUGAAGCACGGCGUUCUCUAUUUGUUUGGCGGCAUGUUCGAACAAGGAGAUAAACAGUUCACCUUCUCCGAUUUCUACUCGUUGGAUCUGCGUAAACUGGAUGAAUGGAGGAUAAUAAUUGCACCCAGUAAAGAGCACGAAUGGCUGGGAUCCGAGGAAAGUGAAUCAGACGAUGAUGAUUCCGAAGAGGAAGACGAGGAGGAAGGAGAAGAAGAAGAAGAAGAUGAGGAAGAUGACAGUGGUAAUGAAGAAAAGAUGGAUACGAAUUGAAAAUGAAAACUUCAUAUUUUGUUAGGUAUCGUAUGCAUUUGCUUUUUAUCAUUGCUCUUUUAAUUGUAAAUAAAUAAGACUUUAUACAAA